GUUGAGGAUCAGAAUAGCAAAACAAUGUCAAUUGGUGAAUAUGCUUCACAGAACAUUGAUGUUGAUGAUAAAGGGUUUGGGAAAAUAUUGUCACAAGAAGGUCUUGCAUCUGAUACCAAGGACAUGGGAGAGUUAGCAAGUGCCAUGGAAGUUUUAACUAGAGUGGACUUGGACUUGGCUUACUCCUCUGAGAAGUUGCUAAAUUUGAACACACUUUUGAUGAACUUGUUGUCGUGUGAUAUUAAUUUUGAAGCAGUGGCCGCAGAAAAUGACAGUAUUGCAGGGGACUGCAUUGAGAAGGCGUGGACAUUUGAUCUCUUAAAUGGCAUUUUAGAUUCUGAGGUUAGAGAGUUGAACACUUUCAUGGGUGCUCUAGAAGCUCUGAUUGUCGAUACUUGUUAUAAAAUAGCUUCAUUUGGACACUUGGGAGAUUUGGUUACUGCAGUGGAAGGUAAAUUGCACGAUUCAGAAGAAUUGUUGAAGCAGUCACAAGAGCAUGUCCUAGAGAUGAAUAUGCAGUUGGCCAAGUUGCAGAUGACCUCAUUAGCUUCUAACCAUAAUGAUUGUAAGUUACAUAUGUCCAAUGAAUAA